CGGCAAAAUGGACCACAAACGUUACGCGAUCCUGCAUGCAAGACCGUGGAAAUGCAUAAAAUCAAGUCCCAGAAUGCAUUACGCCGUAGAUCUCAUAGUGCGAAGCCACUUACAAAGUUCGCGUAG